AUGGCCAUGGUGCAGGAGACCCCUCGUCACCCCUUCCCCACUGUGGACGUACCUGACCACGCCCAUUACACUAUAGGGGCCGUCAUCCUGGCUAUCGGCAUCACCGGCAUGGUGGGCAACUUCCUGGUUAUCUAUGCCUUCAGCAGGUAAGGGACAGUUGCUCCCUAUGGUAUUGUAACUAUACUCUCCCUCUCUCCACUUUAGAAGAGCAGGUCAUCUGAUCAAUUAAAAUUCUGUUGGAGUUUCUUGCACAGUUAAUGCUUAGGUUUAUCUCAUCACUGAUUCACUAUCCCUCCAUCUGUCAUAUGUGGCUCUGUAGUCUCAGUUGUUUAUCAGUGUCUCUGUUGAUCAGCAUUGAGAGUCAAGAGAUCAGGGUAUUUAUCCUCCCUCCUGAGCACAAACAUGAUGUACUGUAACUAGCGUCUCUGCCGUGCUUUACUUUCAAUGCACACAAUCAGAUAUAAGUGGUACAUGUUGGACAAAUUGAUGGCACAAACUCUUUCCAUAGCUAAAUAGUUGUCAACAAUAAUACAUCCUUCACCAGAACAAUAGGAACUAUGCAAUUACAGUACAAUAACCAUUUGAUCACACUGACCUAACAUUAGGGGGAAUGUUACAGAAUUAUGGUGGUGUUUAUGUGUGUGUACUAAAUUGAAUCAGAAUACAAAAUCUUGGGUUUCCCUGUGCUGUAUGUGUUGUGUUCUACAGGAGCAGGUCACUGAGGACUCCAGCCAACAUGUUCAUCAUUAACCUGGCCAUCACAGACUUCCUGAUGUGCCUCACACAGGCACCCAUCUUCUUCACCACCUCCAUGCACAAGAGAUGGAUCUUCGGAGAGAAAGGUACUCCACACCCGUCUCCGAACACGUCUGAGGUCAAUAUUUUCCACUCAGACCCCCCCCCCCCCCCAAAAAAAAAAAUAAUAAAAAAAAAAAAAAAAUCAAUCAAUGACUUGAAACCAAAAAAAACAUAGAAAAUAGCAUAUAAUUGUGUGGACAAAUUCAGUCUUUGAAUUGCGUCCGUUUCCUAUAAUUGACUGGAAGGAGAUGGAAUGAAGGAAUUGACCCAGACUGAGCUCUGAGCAGAGCUUGUGUCUUACAAGGUUAAUACGUUGAACAGAAAAGGGAUGGAAAGAGGGAGAAGUCUAUGAGAAGAGAGAAAGCGAAGAAGUGGUUUAUUUAUUACCAUAGUCAUGGAAUUAAAGAACAUAUGAAUGGAAAACUCUCAAUGAAAUGUUGCCUAGAGAUACAGAAAAAGGCUACUUAUUUCUGCAAACAUCUCACACAACAUCACUACACUCUUAGAAAAAAGGGUUCCAAAAGGGUUCUUCAGCUGUCCCCAUAGGAGAACCCUUUUUGGUUUCAGAUAGGAGAACCCUUUUGGGUUCCAUGUAGAACCCUCUGUGGAAAGGGUUCUACGUGCAACCCAAAAGCCUUCUACCUGGUACCAAAAAGGGUUCUCCUAUGGGGACAGCUGAAGAACCCUUCUAGGUUCUAGAUAGCACCUUUUUUUCUAAGAGUGCACAAUAGCUGUGGGAGAAAGAAGAAGUCUUUGUUAACUGGCACAGCUGCUUGACUCUCCUUAUCCUUCUCAUUCUGUAUUAUUAUAAACAGCACCAAGUGUUAGAAUAUCUAGAUUUUUGUUUAUGAGCAUGGAAGAUAGUUUUGGCUUAUUGAAAUACAGACCUUUUGACAUCAUGAGGACUGAGAUUGAAAUACAGACCUUUUGACAUCAUGAGGACUUAUAUUGAACCUAAUCCAUUUUUAUAAGUCAUAGCGAUCUUCAGAUCAUAUAUCCGUGACAACCCCAACCCCCAUAUGCCCUCCUACCAUAUUGUUGUCGUCCAAAUUCACUGAACAAAAAAAAUUGGAAAGUGUAUUUCCUGUGUCCUGGUGGGCAGCACUCGUGUACAACUCAAUACCUGCAAUUUAGGUGAUUAAAGAUGUCUCAAGCUUGAUAUUAGAAAUCAUUGUGCCAAAUCUGCUUCUUCAUUGAUAUAUUCAAGAGUAUUCAUAUCUUUAGAUAUUUUUGCUCAGUUGAAAUGGCCAGAACUGGAGCUGUACUGUGUAUUCCAAGUUCUGCCAUUGGUAAACCCUUUUUACUCUGGUAAGUUCAGUCGUCAAAUCUUUCCUGGCAUCACCCACCACUGAGGGUGUGUAACAGCCUUAGGCUACUGCCAUACCACGCUAACACAAGGUAUUACCCCAGGCAAGGCAUGACCCCUGGUGGUCUAUCAUUACAUAUAUACAUACAGUAUGUUGCACAAUAUCUGUAUUUUGCGAGACUGAGGUUUUGGUUGAGGUAUAAUGUUCAGCUCUCUGCAGAGUGGAGGUGGAUGGGUGUCACAUCAGGGUUAGAGUGUUAGGUGUGAAUCUGAGAUGGGGUCAGUCAGUUUUACCCCCUGCUAUGCCCACUCUCUCUGCAGGCUGUCCCUCUGAUUGACCUGGUUCGCUGCUGAUCAUUGUCCAGGCUAUGGAGUGACUAUCACCCACAGGGGGCAUUACAACACACCAACCGACAUAUCUCUUUCUCCCUCUCUUUCACCUUCUCUUUCUUUCUCACCCACUCUGUUUCUUUUCUCUCAGUAAUUAACAGUACUCUCUCUGUCUCUGUGUCUUCUAGGCUGUGAGCUGUAUGCAUUCUGCGGGGCUCUAUUUGGGAUCUGCUCUAUGAUCACUCUGAUGGUGAUAGCAGUGGACCGCUACUUUGUGAUCACGCGUCCAUUGGCUUCCAUUGGGGUGCUGUCCAAGAAACGAGCCCUGCUCAUCCUCAUGGCUGCCUGGGUCUACUCACUGGGAUGGAGCCUGCCCCCUUUCUUCGGCUGGAGUAAGUCCACACAUGCAUGAACAUCACACACAUAUACACGCCCACACACACAGAUGCUAUGAGACCCACACAGAGCAUAAUCCUGGGUCAUGAGCCAGAUUUGGGAUGAGAUUGUAGAAUGCCAGGGCUGUACACACUGUAUGGAAGAGUCGUGGUUGUGUCAGUAUAUGCAUGUGUUAGAAAGAGCUAAAAAUACAGCAAGAUAGAAAGACAGCGAGAACAGUGCUCCCCCUGGCUCGGUGUUUUCUCUUUGAACUCCAGUAUGCAGUAGCUUAGUUUAAGAAUGAGGAUUUAGGCAUUGGAUCAGGUGUUCUGAGCUGCCUGAGAUCUUUCAGUGAUAAGAAAUUAAAUGAAACUAGUGGGCGAACUGGCUGGAAUGGGCCCCUCAUAAGCCUCACAUGGGCCUGGCCUUACAGUAUACCGUACUCAGAAUUACUCACACCUCAUGACUGUGUGAAUCUCUGGCAAAUAACAAAUUGAUCCAGCACGAUUAUGUCCAGCACGCUAAUGGGUGAUAUGCCGGAAAGGACCUUGGGGUGACACACUAACUCAGACAAUGUGGAGGGUGUCUGUGGCUGGGGUCUGCAUGCAGGCGUGCCACCCCAGACAUGGUUUCGCAACACGCAUGUCCUAUCUGACAACCAGAGGGCGUCUGUCUCCAUCUCUGCCCCGUCUCCGCAGAUUACCACAUCAUUUCAUGCCCUCUGGGGAAAUAACAUUAAGAACAUGAAAGCAAAACAAAACUGCGCCGUUAUACACUUUGAGGCUUUGAUCGUCCAGAGCAUUUAGUUCAUCAGGAGUGCUCCCUUGAGCCAAGCUUUGGUUUUCCUGUGUCUUCCUAUUGAUGUGUGUCCUUAGCUUUCCUGGCACUUUGACUGAUUGUUUUACCAUAACAGGGCUUCAAUGGAUGAUGGAUGACAAACAACUUGUAGGUGACUUUGAAGUGGUGUUGAAGAAGAAAGGACAUUGUCUCGCCCCUUAUAUUUUGCCCUUUCCCCCUUUCUAUUCCGUUUCUCUAUCCCCUUGUCUCUCCUUCCCCUUUCCUCUCCCUCCCCCCUAUCCCUCCCUCUCUCCCUCCCCCCAUCCCUCCCUCUAUCCCUCCCUCCCCCCCUAUCCCUCCCUCUCUCCCUCCCCCCCCCUAUCCCUCCCUCUCUCCCUCCCCCCCUAUCCCUCCCUCUCUCCCUCCCCUAGGCGCCUAUGUUCCAGAGGGCCUGUUGACCUCCUGUACAUGGGACUAUGUGACCUUCACCCCGUCAGUGCGUGCCUACACCAUGCUGCUCUUCACCUUUGUCUUCUUCAUCCCCCUCAUCGUCAUCAUGUACUGCUACUUCUUCAUCUUCAGAGCCAUACGUACAACUAACAAGUGAGUGGAUUGGAUACCAGAGAGCUGCUCUAGAGAUGUCACUGGAAGUGUCAAAUUAAAUUAAAUUAAAUUAAAUUGUAAGUGUGUGGUAAGUUACUGCAAUUGGAUUCUCUAAAGCGUUUCUAAUUUCUUGAAUUAAACUUUUUUUUUUCUGUGUGUGUGUGUGUCAUAGGGCUGUAACCAAGAUCAAUGGCACUGGGAGCACCAGAGACUCCAUUAAGAGUUUCCAUCGGCUGAAGAAUGAGUGGAAGAUGGCUAAGAUCGCUCUUAUUGUCAUCCUCCUCUACGUCAUCUCUUGGUGCCCCUACUCCGCUGUGGCCCUGACCGCAUUUGCAGGGUGAGUGCUUUCGAUAUACAGUGGCUUGCGAAAGUAUUCACCCCCCUUGGCAUUUUUCCUAUUUUGUUGCUGUCACGAAUUCAGCCGAGGCUGCUCCUCCUCCUUGCUCGGGUAGGCUUCGGCGUUCGUCGUCACCGGAGUACUAGCUGCCACCGAUCUAUGUUUCUGUGUUCUACUUGUUUUGUCUAUAUUGCACACACCUGAUUCCAAUUACGAUAAUUUGUUUCCCUAUUUUACCCUCUGGUUCCCUCAGGGUGUUGUGCGUGAUUGUUCGUUGUUUUGUUGUCAUUGACAUGUGGGUCGGUAUUUUCUUCCCUGCGUGGAAGAUAUGUUUAUUUACUUGUGACAAGUAAAGUACGUCGUUGACUAAGUUCUGUGUCCUGCGCCUGACUCCGUCCUACCGCUACACACUGACGCAUUACAGUUGCCUUACAACCUGGAAUUAAAAUUGAUUUUUUGGGGGGUUUGUAUCAUUUGAUUUACACAACAUGCCUACCACUUUGAAGAUGCAAAAUAUUUGUUAUUGUGAAACAAACAAGAAAUAACACAAAAAAACAGAACACUUGAGCGUGCAUAACUAUCACCCCCCCCCCCCCCAACUCAAAUCUCUGGAAGACUGAAACAGGUUUCCUUCAAGAAUUUCCCUGUAUUUAGCGCCAUCCAUCAUUCCUUCAAUUCUGACCAGUUUCCCAGUCCCUGCUGAUGAAAAACAUCCCCACAGCAUGAUGCUGUCACCACCAUGCUUCACUGUGGGGAGGGUGUUCUCGGGGUGAUUUGAGGUGUUGGGUUUGCGCCAGACAUGGCGUUUUCCUUGAUGGCCAAAAAGUUCAAUUUUAGUCUCAUCUGACCAGAGUACCUUCUUCCAUAUGUUUGGGGAGUCUCCCACAUGCCUUUUGGCGAACACCAAACGUGUUUGCUUAUUUUUUUCAUUAAGCAAUGGCUUUUUUUCUGGCCACUCUUCCGUAAAGCCCAGCUCUGUGGAGUGUACGUCUUAAAGGGGUCCUAUGGACAGAUACUCCAAUCUCUGCUGUGGAGCUUUGCAGCUCCUUCAGGGUUAUCUUUGGUCUCUUUGUUGCCUCUUUGAUUAAUGCCCUCCUUGCCUGGUCUGUGAGUUUUGGUGGGCGGCCCUCUCUUGGCAGGGAUGUAGCUCAGUUGAUAGAGCAUGGCGUUUGCAACGCCAGGGUUGUGGGUUCGAUUCCCACAUGGGGUAUGAAAAAAAUAAAAUAAUGUAUACACUAACUGUAAGUCGCUCUGGAUAAGAGCGUCUGCUAAAUGACUAAAAUGUAAAUGUAAAUGUUUGUUGUGGUGCCAUAUUCUUUCCAUUUUGUAAUAAUAGAUUUAAUGGUGCUCUGUGGGAUGUUCAAAGUUUCAGAUAUUUUUUUAUAACCCAACCCUGAUCUGUACUUCUCCACAACUUUGUCCUGACCUGUUUGGAGAGCUCCUUGGUCUUCAUGGUGCCACUUGCUUGAUGGUGCCCCUUGCUUAGUAGUGUUGCAUACUCUGGGGCCUUUCAGAACAGGUGUAUAUAUACUGAGAUCAUGUGACACUUAGAUUGCACACAGGUGGACUUUAUUUAACUAAUUAUGUGACUUCUGAAGGUAAAUCGGUUGCACCAGAUCUUUAUUUAGGGGCUUCAUAGCAAAGGGGGUCAAUACAUAUGCACGCACCACUUUUCCGUUAUUUAUUUUUUAGAAUUUUUUGAAACAAGUUAUUUUUUUCAUUUCACUUCACCAAUUUGGACUAUUUUGUGUAUGUCCAUUACAUGAAAUCCAAAUAAAAAUCCAUUUAAAUUACAGGUUGUAAUGCAACAAAAUAGGAAAAACGCCAAGUGGGAUGAAUACUUUUGCAAGGCACUGUACUACCCUAUAUAGACACAAUACACACCCACUUCUAUUCUUUCUAUACAAACACGGCAUUGCUGCAGCCACAACAUUCAAACCUUGACCAUUUAGGUACUUUAUGUAUUGUAUAAUUCUACCUUAAAGCCUAAACAGCCUUCUCUCUCUGUCCUCUUCAUGUCUCCUGUAGGUAUGCAGAUUUUCUGACUCCCUACAUGAACUCAGUGCCUGCUGUGAUCGCCAAGGCUUCAGCCAUUCACAACCCCAUCAUCUAUGCCAUCACCCACCCCAAGUACAGGUACUGUAGUUCAAGUUGAUGGUUUCUAUUGUUGCAUUAUGGGUCAAAUCUGCUUACGCAACCCAACCCCAUUUGGGAAUUCCGUUGAGCAACAAAGUCAAAGGGCUUUUCUGUUGUUGGUUUUAAUUUCACUAAUGUGAUACUAGCCAAGUGAACCAUUUCAUCCCAUAAGAAUCGAUCAAAUCUGAGAGACAGGAAGUGUAUAGCCCGUCAGCUAGCGAUCAGACUAGUGUUGUCACGAUACCAGAAUUUUUACUUUGAUACCGAUACCAGGUUUAGUAUCACGAUACUCAAUACCAAAACGAUACCACAGCAAAAAAAUAUAGAGGAGAGAACAGAUAUCUUCCAGUUUUUCGCUCUCAAAAUCACAAAAAAAUAUAUACACAAUUGAAUUGUCCAAACAAUUCUUACAUCAGGAGAUCACUUUUGAGGUCUGGGAAAAAUCUAAGAAAUGUUGAUAUUUGAGUGUAGUUACCCUUUAAUUCAAAGUGCUCACGCACCUAGCUAGCACUGUUGUUUGGUUAGCGGUGUUUCUGUAGCGCACGUGUUGGAGGUUGCAAAAUAAACACACACUGGAUUGAUGCAAAUAAUCAUGAUUCUGCCCAGUAGGCAUAGGUUACUUUGUACUUGGCUAGAAUCUGCAGUUGAAACAAUAACAAAGCAUUCACCCGCCUCCCCACUGGACACAGACGUCAUUUCAACGUCUAGUUUUGAUUUACAUUUGGUUGAGUUGUCAACUCACGUGAAUUCAACGUGAAACAUUUUCACCAUGUCAUUGGAUUUACUGUAGGUUAAAAGUUGGGUGAAAUUUGUUUUUUUUACAUUCCCUUACUUUGAUGACUUUUUGCAAAUCCAAUCAGUUUUCCAUGUUGAUUCAACAUCAUCACAUAUAAUGUUUUGACGUGGAAACAAAAUUGAUUCAACCAGAUUUUUGCCAGUGGGUCUGUUUUGGGAAAAAGUUGUGGGAUGGGCCUGGAGAAAUUUAACCACUCACAAAUUCACAGACAGAGCUAUGGAUGCAAGGACUGACCAUCCAUGAUAUCAAAAUUAUACUUUUAAUCAUGUUUUGAGGCUAUAUAGUGUUUGUUUACAUUUUGGGUAUAUAACAUUAAUUUAUCAGUCCAAAAAUGGAUGUAGCAACCAAGGACUCUACCUAUAACUUUAAUAUUGAAUAGGUUUCUGAAGACUUACCUGAAGGUUAUCAUUAGCAUCGCUAACGGCUACACAAAAUGGUAGACAUAUGCACACCGCACACAUAGACUUCAGAAAGUUGCAAGGAAAUAUGAAUCACUGAUGCAUUCUGGUCAUGUCUUAUGACCCAACUUGGUCCCGCUUUAAAUGACGUGCAGCUUAUAAAGGCUUCAUGCAGCCUUCAUAAAGUCUGCAUAAACAUAAUCUAUAAAUGUCAUGCUUUUGUAGUGGAAAAUGCACAAAGAAAAUUUCCUUUACACGUUAUAAAGGGUUCAUAAAUGUGGCAUAACUGUGUGACAUAACCACCAAUGUCAAAUGUGACAUAACCCACUAUGUCAAAUAUGACAUAAACCUGUGCUUUAUAAAGGGUGGCAUAAGCACCGCUUAAUAAAAGCCUUAUAAAUCAUAUUAAAUUGAGGCUUCACAAAGCAAUGUAUUUAUUGCAAUGCCAGGAUAGUGGGUUUGAUUCCCGGGACCACCCAUAUGUAAACAUUUAUUCAUGCAUCGCUGUAAGUCACUUUGGAUAAAAGUGUCUACUAAAUUGUAUAUAUUACUCUAAAACAUUUCUAGGAUGGCCCAACUUCUUUCCCUCUUGGGUGCAUAGUCAAUAUUGGACUUGACCUCAACUUUCCCCAAAAUGCUGUGCUGCAGGAUGACUCGCACUCUAAAGUGCAGUCAUGCACAACAAAAAACCUUUGUGAGGCCUUUUAAAAUCUGUUAAAAUGUUUUGCCUACUAUCCAAAAUUCUAUUUUCCCAGUUUUGUUUUUCCAGGUUCCGAAUUUCACCAAUUUUUUCAGAUUUUCCACAAUUUUCCCCCACACUAUUUUAAUAGAGAAACAACAACAUUUGAUUUUCUGUGUUCACAACAAUGCUUAAACCACAUCGGGGAUUACUUUCGAGGUCUGUGAAAAAUCUAAGAAACUUCAAUUCGCAUUGUGGCCGCUAAUGGAAUGGGUGGAGUAAAAGGCCAGCAACACUCCAUAUUAUUCAGAGCCCCAUGAAAUGACACCAUAUAUACAUUCUACAGACCCUAUUGAAUACUCCCUACAAUACUUUUACUGCGGCACCCUGAAUAGUUUUUGCUCUAUAAGCCAAUAUGCAUUCCAUAUACAGUGAUUCGCAUUGGUGGCAUUUAUAUGCCCUUGGACGAUGUUUUAAACCCAAUUUGAAUUCAAAUAUGAAUCAUUGUUAAUGUUUGAACAUUUUCGAAAUUCCAUGACCCAGAAGUACUUUUUUAGUGUUGCUGACGAGACGCUGAUCAUGUGAUGAGUUGGCAGAUCAAAUGCCCAAUUGUUGUGCCAACCGGACAACGAAAAAUAAGUAAGUUAACCUUUAUUUAUUGUAAUUUAAAUUUGUUUGUAGAUUACAUUCUGUAGCUACCUCAGUCGUUAUUUUAAAUUAUUUCGGUGACUUCACAGCAAUUGCUAGCUAGCCGAAAUGUUGCUAGCUAGCAGGCUCAGCUAAACAAAAAUCCCCUUAGAUACAUCCACAUCUCAUAGUCACGUCAUGAGAUUUGUAAAUGAAAGAGGAAUAUAAUAAUACGAAUUGAAUGGAGUUUUCCCAUCUCCCCAUUUAGAGUUUCUGGCGCAGCACAGAAAUGCCCUUAUCCAGAUGGUGUGACAAAGGCAUUUCCUAACAGACCUGCUAACUUUCUUUGUUGUUACUUUUAAGGUUGGAACCAACAUGCAGUACCUCCAGCAGGCAGAGAGGCAAGAACCAUUCGUCUGCCAGCUCAGGGACAAGCUACACUAUUCACAGCCCUGUGUAAUGUUCAAUGUAAUUGCAUUGCUGGACUUUUUGAAACUGAAUGUAUUUGUAUUGUUAUAAAAAUAAAAGGAAAUGUAUGGUUUAAACAUUUCUUUAAUGUUUAUUUGUUUUAGCUGUUAGUGAUAAUUCCUUAAGUGUUAAUACAUUUAUUUUUACGUCAUUAAGCCUUUAUGUAUGUGUUAUGAAUGACCGAAGGUGCCCGACUUUAAAUUAAGUCCAGCCUCAUGCAAUAUCGUCUUUAUGGAUGUGUUAUGAAUGACCGAAGGUGUCUCACUUCAAAAUAAGUAUUACAGGAAACGACAUAAAGUGCCAAUAAAUAGGUUAUUAACGUUCUGCUAAUUUAUGAAGGUUCUCUCAUGAUCCACAGGUUACUGUAGGGUGUGAGAACUAUUUAAAUGGGUUGAUGGAGCCAAGAUGAUUUGGAGUAGUCCAACCUGAGACCACCGCACCAGGUAUCCUCUUCUGUUCCCAUGCUGGAGACCAGGGCAAUGGAGCCAACAUUCUGUGGCUGAUCUUUCAGCGGGGGAGUGGGUGAAUGUGUCAAAGAUCUGAUGAUCCCAACACCACAUGUUAUGGCUCGUUUUUGUUGUGUGCGUGUUUGUGUACUGAGGAACAUGUAACUUGGUUCCAAAAGAAAACCACUUAAAAUGUCCCUAGGUUGGGGGCUUUCAUCAAGGCAAGGGUUUUGUGGUGUAAUGACGUCCACCUGGCUAUUGAACACACAGCACAUAGAAGCCUAGUAUAUCAACCAUUCAAAGUUGGCCUUGGUGGGAGUGACCAUAUAAUUCUAUAAGAGGGACCUUACUGACUUUAAACCUAACCCUAACUAAUGAAGGCCAAGUUUGAUGCGUUGGUCCACCAGACCUUCAGCACAUUUGGCCGGAAGUGUCUUGGAACGAGAUUAGGUGUAAUGUGACUAACAUGACUUCACUUUAGAGCGUAUUCCAAUCCUUCGACCCAACAUGUCACCCUUUAUAAAGCACGUUUAUAUCAUAUUCGACAUAGUAGGUUAUGUCACACAUUUAUGCCACAUUUAUGAACCCUUUAUAAAGCAUGACAUACGGUUAUAGAUACUUUAACACAUUUAUGUAGUGCUUAUGAAGGCAUUAUGAAGCCUUUAUAAGCUGAACGUCAUUUAAAGCAAGACCAUAAACUUAAUACAUUUUCGAACAAGUUCAAUACAUUAAAUUGAUUUCCAAACAUGAGACACAUUUGAUAGAAGAUCCGAAAGUAACAAAUUAUAAUACUGGACUGUUUUUCAUGUUAUAGUAUCUAAAAAGUACCAUUGUUUUGAUACACCGUGCAACACUAGAUCAGACUAAACUUUCCUCUCUACAAUCACUCAUUAACCUGGAUGUUAACUCAACUGGACAUUAUUUUAUUCUCACCACACAGGAAGGAUGCCAAGGGUUAAUAAACAGUAUAGGGCACCUAGAUUGUUUCCUCUGACAUGAUACAUCAGGCCAAGUCCCUGCCAUGUUCUGUCCCAUCAGACUGCCUAUGGUGUAGCUUAGUACUGUAGUACAUUGCCUUUCUGUCUGAUGCUAGAGGAAAUAUAUCAGUUAGCCUCUGGACCUACAUCUCCUAAGUUUGCCCCCUGCACUCUCGGUCUUCAGGAUGGCCAUAGCCAAGUACAUCCCGUGCCUGGGGUUUUUGCUGUGUGUACGUAGACGCGACCUGCGAUUCACCAAUCACAGCUUCAUGUCCACCCGACGAUCCACUGUCACCAGCCAGACCUCCGACAUCGGCGACCGCUUACACCGCACCAGCACUGUCAAGUCCCGCCUCUCCUCCGCCUCCGACAGCGAAUCGGUAUGGAUAAAUAUGUCCUGAUAUAAAAUCAUGAGAUGGGUGUGUGUGUGUGCCUGCGUGUGUGUGUCUGUUUCUGUCUGUCUGCUUGACUGUCUGUCUGACGUUUAUGUAAUGGUUCCUUCCCCCCCAGGGCUGGACAGAUACUGAGGCUGACCUCUCCAGUAUGGGCUCCUGGCCGGCUAGCCGCCAGGUGUCCUGUGAUAUCAAUAAGGACACAGCCGAGCUCCCACACUUCAAGCCCUCCAGCUCCAGCUCCAAGUCCAAGAUGAAGGGCCACGACUCUGGCAUCUUUGAGAAGGUAACUAACACAUCAAGGCAAGGUCAGGUCAAGCCUGUUCCCUGUCCCCUUCCACAUGUGUGACAAUGUACUGAAUGUGUGGAGGAUAUUUUGGGCUCUAAAGGCAGAACAGUGUGAAUGCGUGUCUAACACAUGUCUAACACAGUAAAGGUCAGUAAGUAAGUCAACAUCGGGUUAAUUUUUUUUCUCACUUGCACUUAUGUGCUCAUCUCCCAACAUCAAUACACAUUAAUGCCACCAAUGGUCCCUAACAUUCAGUGGCUCUACCUGAGAAGCACCUAAUCAUACAGUAACACACUUGCUGUACUGUAAUGCAAUAAGACUCGUAGGAGAAUUAGGCAAGAACUAAGUACACAUUUCCAUCAUAAAGGAUUCUUCUGUGUAAUCCGCAACAAAUCUAUUAAACCAACUUUUGGCCUGGAAAGCACCCCUGGAUUUGUGUCAGCCAAUCGCAUGGCUCCUAAACUAAUCUGGCACCUCGUUACAGACAGGAUGGUAAGAUGAAUCCACGGCAGAGCAGGGGCACUCCAGGGAGGAAGCUUUAGGAGGGCUUUGCAGUACCAUAGAUGUCUAAUCGAAUUAUGACAUGUUUGAAACGUGUGUUCAUCUUUAUGGUGUCUUUCAGUGUUAUUAUUUAAAAUGUGAUGUCACCUGCUAAGGCAGUGUUUUACUAACUGUGGUAUGGAGCACUCUAUGGAGCACAGUACUUGUAGAGGCAAUCUGUAUCGGAGGAUAAGAAUCUCUUUUUAAAAUGUAUGAGCAAUCGCAUAGGGGUCAGCAGACAUAUUUCUGUAAAGCGGGUAUAUAGAGAUAGCUGAUGGGUGUUAUCAGGGUUCAUGACAAAGAAAAGUAGUAUUUUGUGUCUUAAAUCUCUUUACAACAUAUUGUGAUGCAAUUAUAAUCUUAAUUGAUAGAGGUUCGUUUUCACUGUUAAUUAAAUGUCCCCCUUUAGUGUAUUUGCCCUUGUUCACUCACUCUGAAAAGUAGAAUAAACUUUAGCUGGCUUUCAUCUGGGUUGAAGCCACAGUAUAACAGUAUUCAGUGGUUUGACCACCCAAAGCGUUAGUUAAAUGAGAACAGUGACCUAAGUGGACCUCCUAUAGAUUCUAGGUCAAUAUUUGGGUCAGAUAGGAUAGCAUGCCUGAUAGUCUCUUGACAAAUUUACGGUACUAUGGGAACCAAGUGCUAACGAGCAGUAGUAGUUCUGGUACUUGGGUUAUUUGUAACUGGUCAUUUGGAUCAUAGAUAUACAGUGCAUUCUGAAAGUAUUCAGACCCCUUGACUUAUUCCACAUUGUUACAUUACAGCCUUAUUCUACACACAAUACCCCAUAAUGACAAAGCAAAACGUUUUUUGUUUUUUCUAUAGCAAAUGUAUUAAAAAUUAAACAUAGAAAUAUGACAUUUACAUAAGUAUUCAGACCCUUUACUCAGUACUUUGUUGAAGCACCUUUGGCAGCGAUUACAGCCUCGAGUCUUCUUGGGUAUGACGCUACAAGCUUGGCACACCUGUAUGAGGAGUUUCUCCCAUUCUUCUCUGCAGAUCCUCUCAAGCUCUGUCAGGUUGGAUGGGGAGUGUUGCUGCACAGCUAUUUUCAGGUCUCUCCAGAGAUGUUCGAUCGGGUUCAAGUCCGGGCUCUGGCUGGGCCACUCAAUGACAUUCAGAGACUUGUCCCGAAGCCACUCCUGCGUUAUCUUGACUGUGUGCUUAGGGUCUUUGUCCUGUUGGAAGGUGAACCUUCGCCCCAGUCUGAGGUCCUGAGCGCUCUGGAGCAGGUUUUCAUCAACGAUCUCUCUGUACUUUGCUCCGUUCAUCUUUCCCUCGAUCCUGACUAGUCUCCCUGUCCCUGCCACUGAAAAACAUCCCCACAGCAUGAUGCUGCCACCACCAUGCUUCACCGUAGAAAUGAUGCCAGGUUUCCUCCAGACAUAAUGCUUGGCAUUCAGGCCAAAGAGUUCAAUCUUGGUUUCAUCAGACCAGAGGAUCUUGUUUCUCAUGGUCAGCGUCCUUUAGGUGCCUUUUGGCAAACUCCAAGCGGGCUGUCAUGUGCCUUUUACUGAGGAGUGGCUUCCGUCUGGCCAUUCUACCAUAAAGGCCUGAUUGGUGGAGUGCUGCAGAGAUGUUUGUCCUUCUGGAAGGUUCUCCCAUCUCCACAGAGGAACUCUGGAGCUCAUUCAGAGUGACCAUCGGGUUCUUGGUCAUCUCCCUGACCAAGGCAUUUCUCCCCCGAUUGCUCAGUUUGGCCCGGGCGGCCAGCUCUAGGAAGAGUCUUGGUGGUCCAAACUUCUUCCAUUUAAGAAUGAUGGAGGCCACUGUGUUCUUGGGGACCUUCAAUGCUGCAGAAAUGUUUUGGUACCCUUCCCCAGACCUGUGCCUCGGCACAAUCCUGUCUCGGAGCUCUAUGGACAAUUCCUUCGACCUCAUAGCUUGGUUAUUGCUCUGACAUGCACUGUCAACUGUGGGACCUGUCCAAUCAAUUGAAUUUACCACAGGUGGACUCCAAUCCAGUUGUAGAAACAUCUUAAGGAUGACCAAUGGAAACUGGAUGCACCUGAGCAAAGGGUCUGAAUACUUAUAUAAAUAAGGUAUUUCUGUUUUUUAUUUCUAAAAACCUGUUUUCGCUUUGUCAUUAUGGGGUAUUGUGUGUAGAUUGAUGAGGACAUUUUUUUAUUCAAUCAAUUUUAGAAUAAGGCUGUAACGUAACAAAAUGUGGAAAAAGUCAAGGGGUCUGUAUACUUUCCGAAUGCACUGUAGAAUUGCUUGAAAAUCAGAGACAUGGUUUGAAUAUUGCUGUCCAUCAAGGAUUCCAAACCAAAUUUACUGAGCUUGAGCAAUGGAUACAGUAUAUGUUGCCGUAAGACUUGUACCAAGUUUGUAGAAUCUUAUUCAAAAUGAUUCACAGCUGUAAUGGCUGCCAAAAAUGCUUCCACCAAGUAUUAACUCUGGGGUGUGAAGACAUCUUCAUUUUUUAUUAAUUAGGAAAUGUUCUAUAAUUUUCUUUCACUUUGAAAAUGUGGAGUAGGUUGUGUAGAUCCGUAGGGAAAAAAUCAAAUUGAAUCAAUUUAAUUUAGAUUAUAUUUUAAAGCAGCAAAAUGUGAAGACUGUGCAAGGGUUGUGUAGCCUCACAAUGGACUGUAACACUGACUUUUCAAGCCUGAUUGUUAUCAAUAUCUGCCCAUUCAAGAUCAAAUCAUUAAUGAAGGCUUAAUUGUUAUGUGUUGCCUCUUAAUAUAAGGAAUCCCUACAAUUAUUAGAACGUCUUUACUUACGUGACACAACAAAUGUGUUUUGUGUGACUGGAAUUUAAUUGAGUGUCACAUUGAAGUGACUCACAGUUCGUCACUUAUUAUAAUAGCAGGAACCAACCUCUACAUCAUGUAUUUUGUAUCUUCCAGAGCUCUUAUGAUGUGGACAACAUCUCCAUGACAGGCGUGGGCCACAGUGACCACGGCUUCCUUCCAGCU